GUUCGUCGAAAGGGUGUCCAAGAAGACUUUUUUUGUAGCUGCUCCUUGCAUUUUUCAUUACGCGACGCCUCCAUUUGCACGAAAACGCUGGACUCUUACGCCACCGCCCACCUGAGGCUCUUCCGCUUCCCCUUUCCCCAGGCUCCGCCCCCAGCGUCCUGUGGCUAUGACGACCGCUCCGAGGGACUCAUUAGUGUGGAAGCUUGCGGGGCUGUUGCGGGAGUCGGGGGACACGGUUCUCUCUGGCUGUAGCACACUGAGCCUGCUAACUGCCACACUGCAGCAACUGAACAGAGUGUUUGAACUGUACCUGGGGCCAUGGGGCCCCGGCCAGACGGGCUUUGUGGCUCUUCCCUCCCACCCUGCCGACUCACCCAUCAUCCUCCAGCUUCAGUUCCUCUUCGAUGUGCUGCAGAAAACACUUUCACUCAAGUUGGUCCACACCCCUGGUGUUGGCCUUCCGGGACCCAUCAAGAUUUUCCCCUUCAAGUCCCUUCGGCAGCUGGAGCUUCGAGGAGUCCCCAUCCGCAGCCUACGCGGCCUCCGUAGCAUCUACUCGCAGCUAGAGUCUUUGACUUGUAGCAGGAGCAUCCAGGCACUAGAGGAGCUCUUGUCGGCCUGCGGUGGUGACCUCUGCUCAGCCCUUCCCUGGCUAGCUUUGCUCUCUGCGGAUUUCAGCUAUAAUGCUCUCACCACCUUAGACAGCUCCCUGCGUCUCCUGUCAGCUCUUCGCUUCCUCAACCUGAGCCAUAAUCAUAUCCAGGACUGCAAAGGCUUCCUGAUGGAUUUAUCUGAGCUGUACCAUUUGGACAUCUCCUAUAAUUACCUUCACUUGGUGCCAAGAGUGGGACCUUCAGGGGCUGCCCUGGGGAUUUUGAUACUGCGAGCCAAUGAGCUUCGGAGUCUUCAGGGCCUGGAGCAGCUGAGGAACCUGCGGCACCUUGAUGUGGCCUAUAACCUUCUAGAAGGUCACACUGAGCUGUCACCACUGUGGCUGCUGGCUGAGCUCCGUAAGCUCUAUCUGGAAGGUAACCCUUUGUGGUUCCACCCGGCACACCGUGCAACCACUGCUCAGUACUUGUCACCUCGGGCCAGGGAUGCUGCUCAUGGCUUCUUGCUUGAUGGCGAGGUUUUGUCACUGAAGGAUCUUCAGCAGACUUCAGAAUCUUCGGGGCUUGGUCCCGUGGGCCAACCUCCAUCCUGGCCAGUGGGGAGUACCACUGAAACCUCAGGUGGCCCUGAGUUGAGUGAUAGCCUCUCCUCAGGGGGCAUUGUGGCCCAGGCCCCGCUUCGUAAGGUUAAGAGCCGAGUCCGUGUGAGGCGGGCUAGUAUCUCUGAGCCCAGUGACACAGACCCGGAGCUCCGAACUCUGGAUCCCUCCCCAGCUGGAUGGUUUGUGCAACAACACCGGGAACUUGAGCUGCUGAACAGCUUUCGGGAACGCUUUGGCUGUGACUGGCUGCAGUAUAGGAGCCACCUGGAGACCUUGGGGAGUCCUGCUCUUGCCACCACUAAGAUUCCUGCCCUUAGCACCCCUCUCCUGGAUGCUCAGAGCCUGGAAACUGCAUGCAGCCCUCCAGCCACAAGGGGAGCUGGAGACAGUAAGGAAUCACCACAGAAGAUGUCAGAGGAAGGCGAGGCGGAACCAGAGCCCCAUGAAGCAGAGAGGGAAGAGCCAGACAAAGAAGAGGGAUCGAGGGACGACCUGGAGGAGGAAGAGGAGCAGGAACAGAAGGCAGUAGAAGCAGAGCUCUGUCGCCCCAUGUUGGUGUGUCCCCUGCAUGGGCUUGAGGGUGUGCAGGGCAAGGAAUGCUUUCUCCGAGUCACUUGUGCCCACUUGUUUGAGGUGGAGCUCCGAGCAGCUCGCACUCUGGAGCGGCUGGAACUACAGAGCCUGGUGGCAGCCGAGCUAGAGCCAGAGGCUGAGAUUCAAAGAGAACGGGUGCCCGAGGGCUCAGGUUCACCCCCCAGGGCUCCGGUUCUUGCUCUGCGCUUUUCCUACUUUUGUCCUGACCGGCAGUUGCGUCGCUAUGCAGUGCUGGAGCCAGAGGCCCAUGAGGCCAUCCAGGAGCUGCUUGCUGUGCUGACCCCGUUCACCAGUGUGAAAGAGCAGCAGCCUGGGGAGGCCAAGGACGCACAGGGGUCCAGGUUCCAGUGUCUGCGUUGCAGCUGUGAGUUCAAGCCAGAGGAGUCCAGGUUGGGACUGGAGAGUGAGGAAGGCUGGAAGCCUCUGUUUCAGAACACAGAAUCUCCUGUUGUGUGUCCAAACUGUGGGAGUGACCAUGUGGUUCUCUUGGCCAUGUCUGGGGAAAUCCCUAAUAGAGAACAGAACCAGGGAGACAAACCUCCAGAUUCCUCUGGGUCCCCUGACCCUGUCUGUGACCUUGCUAACCACAGCAGCCAUCCCAGCGGGUCUGAUGGCACCCCACCUCAAGCAUCCACACCCCAUGGCCGUAGCAGCUGGACCCUCAGUCCAACUCCUGGGCCCUCUGGUCUUCGCUCUGUGGACCACCGCCUCCGUCUCUUCCUGGAUGUUGAGGUGUUUAGUGACUCGGAGGAGGAGUUCCAGUGCUGUGCCAAGGUGCCAGUGGUGUUAGCAGGCCACUCAGGGGAGUUUCUGUGCCUUGUGGUUGUGUCCGACCACAGGCUUUACCUGUUGAAGGUGACAGGGGCCAUCUGCGGGCCUCCUGCUAGCUGGCUCCAGCCCACCCUGGCCGUUCCUCUGCAGGAUCUGAGUGGCAUGGAGCUUGGCCUCGCAGGCCAGAGCCUUCGGCUAGAGUGGGCAGCUGGAACAGGCAGCUGUGUACUGCUUCCCCGAGAUGCCAGGCAUUGCCGUGCCUUCCUUGAGGAGCUCACUGGUGUCUUGCAGUCUUUGCCCCGCACCCAGAGGAAGUGCAUCAGAACCACGGAGGAGGAGGUGACCCCGCAGCAUCGGCUCUGGCCAUUGCUGGGAAAAGAUACUUCUGCUGAGGUUCCCCAGUUUUUCUACCUUCGGACCUUCCUGGCUGAAGGCUCCUCUACCUGCCCUGUGUCCCUGUUGCUGACACUGUCCACAUUGUACCUAUUAGAUGAAGACCCUGCAGGGUCCCAGGCAGAAUCCCCUCUCCCAGUGGUGUCUGGGGAAGCCUCUGAGCAGGCCCCCCCUCUGGGGCCAGGUCCUUCCAUGCAGGUCAGGGAGCAACAACCACUCAGCAGUCUGAGCUCUGUGCAGCUGUAUCGCACAAGCCCUUUGGACUUGCGGCUGAUCUUCUAUGACGAGGUGUCUCGACUGGAGAGUUUCUGGGCACUCCGUGUUGUGUGUGUGGAGCAGCUGACGGAUCUCUUGGCCUGGAUCCGGGAGCCCUGGGAAGAGUUGUUCUCCAUUGGACUCCGGACUGUGACCCAGGAGGCUCUGGACCUUGACCGAUGAGGGUCUCCACUGACUCAGGAGUUGCACUGCAGAAGGCCCUUCUCCUGAUCUCUGAGCCUGUCUUCUUGCCUGGCUGCAGACCUCUUCAGCAGUUGGCCACUGGCUAGUGAGGCACCAAAUGGCCCACAGCUUAAGAGAAGGACAAGAGAAAUGAUCUGGCCCUUGGGUGUUCUGUCAAGUAGAGCAGGCUCAGUGGUCUGUGAAAAUGUUUCUCUAGCACUUUCUCUCAGGUAUCAGUAAAGUUUUUUCUGUGUGUUACACAGAAAUGUCACCCAUAAAGCCUGCCAUCCCCGAAUCUCUUCCCUAGUUUGCACUAUGAAACCUGUCACCAGGCCUACUCUAGCAAAGUAGGACUACUGACCCAGAUGCACCCAAUCCUCAAGUGGGUUGUGACCUGUCAUGUGGCCUUGCAUGGGAUCACUGCCAGUCAAAGAGCUGGACCUCUGAAGACUUUUUGUUGUUUUUUUGAGACAGGGUCUCACUGUGUAACAUUGCUGGCCAGGGACUUACUCUGUAGACCAGGCUGGCCUUGAACUCAUGGAGAUCUGCCUGCCUCUGCCUUCUAAGUGCUGGGAUUAAUGGUGUGAGCCACCAGUUGUGGGAAAAUUGUGAACUUCCCCCACUCCCCAGAGUUUACAUUUUAGAUAAAGACUGCAAUAAAAAGUGAGACUAUCA